AUGAUCUUGAGUCUACUUUCUUCACGAAACGCCAUUCCGAGUCACUCAGUGCAGCACUACUUGGAGACUAUAAAUCCCUACCUUACCAUAGUUCAUCCAGAACUCUUCGCUUUACGCACCAAAACUACCGGUUCUGACUCUUUUUCCGAUCAAGAGCUUCAAGACCCUGCUACUACACUUCUAGUUGUAUGCAUGCAGCUCUUCUCUCAAAACGAUGAUUCAGGUAUCAAAGGAGAAGAUGAUGCGGACAGGGCUGUUUACCGGUCUGCCAAGCAGAUAUUGAGUGUCCUGCGAGCUAUCGAAAGCCCCAGUAUCGAGCUUAUUCAGUGCUCCAUUCUGCUUGCAUUUUACGAGUAUACCCACGAGGAUCUCGGGCGUGCCUACGUUAGUAUUGGAGAUGCUAAUACCAUGGCUUCAAUCUUACACGUGGGGCCCGGGAAGUACCAUGAGGAUGAGCGGGAAGCUAUAGUACCCUAUGAGGAGGAAGAACGGCGCUGCGUUUACUGGAGUCUUUUCGUCCUCGAUCGGCUGGUCCAAACCGAUUAUUCUCUUCUUCAUAUGCCGCACCAGAUACCACCUGCAGUUGUAUCUCCUCCCGCGGCCGAUGACCUUCUGCCGACGAACCAUUUACUUUGGUACGAUGAGGGCCAGUCGCCUUAUUACAUCACUCAGCGAUACCCUGUAGAUACAGAUUUCUCUGUACCUGUCGGGCCUUUCCAGAGGAACUGUCAAUACGCUAUGCUCUAUACUGGAACAUCACCCCCUCAAUCCCCUGUAGGUCCAACGGCCUUUGAUUUGGGAAGCCAUACUGUCACCUCGCCGUCGGUGUUGCCUCUUAGUAUUUUAGACCUAUAG